CCCAUUUUAGGUUAACCCAUCGUGGGUUCCUCUUGCUGGUUUUGAAAAGAAAAGAAAAGCGAUUAAAAAAAUAUAACAUCGUCUCUCCCUCUCUCUCCCUUGGACAAAUUCAGGCAUUCCGGUUCACAAAGACAACACAGACAACCUCAGGUUAAAUGGACGAAUCUGAGAAAAGAAAGGAACGACUAAGGGCAAUGCGCACAGAAGCUGAAGAAGCUGAAGCUUCUCAUAGUGUUACAACUUCAGCUGUCCCCGGUUACCUUUCCAAUCCGUUGGCUGAAGAUAGUGCAGCUAUACCAGUGCACGAGGAACCUUGUGCUCCUUCUAGGUUUGACUUUUACACAGACCCUAUGGCAGCCUUCUCUUCUGACACUAAAAGGGUUAAAGUUGGCAACCAGAUUGCGCCGAGUAAUUUCGGACGUUCAAAUACGGGUGGUUCUCCUAUGGCAAGGACGGGUGGUUCUCCUAUGGCAAGGCAUUCGUCACCUCUUUCAGGAGGACCAAGGAACCCUGAAAUGACUGCUCCUCCAUCCCAUCAGUUUCAGAGCAAUUAUUCACCAGAUCAGAGAAUGUAUCAAGUACAACAAGGUUUCUGUCAAAACUUUGGUCCUCAAAGAAACCCCAUAGGAAUAGUGAGACCAUUCCCUAUGCAUCAUGGAAAUCCACCCGAAGUCUGGAAUGGAGCUGAAGGUGCUGCCAAUUAUAGUUUUCCAUCUGAUCCUUCAAGAGAAUGCAGGUUUCCUGGCCCUGGGUUUAGACCACCAGGAAGCCUUGGAUUUAGACCACCAGGAAGCCCUGUACUUGGACCACAAGGAAGCUCUGGAUUUGGACCACCAGGAAGCCCUGGAUUUAGACCACCAGGAAGUCCUGGAUUUAGACCACCAGGAAGCCCUGGAUUUGGACCACAAGGAAGCUCUGUAUUUGGACCACCAGGAAGCCCUGGAUUUAGACCACCUGCAAGCCCGGGAUUUAGACCACUAGGAAGCCCUGGUUCCAAUAGUGGGCAAGGCAGGGGGCACUGGCGUAGCAAUAGUCCAAGCCCUCGUUCAGUACAUGGAGGCAAUACUAGUCCUAGUUCAAGUUCAGGAAGAGGUGGGGGGCACUGGAGCACAAAUCCUGGAUCGGGACGGAGAGGUGGAAGAGGGCUGGGCUCUCAUGGUCGUUCUACAAUGGAAAAACAAUUGGGGCCAGAGCGGUAUUACAAUGAUUCCAUGGUUGAAGACCCAUGGAAGUUUUUGAAACCUGUUAUCUGGAAAGGGGUAGAUACUCCCAUGAAACGUUACUACAGCCCUGGCUCUUCAAAACCCCCAAUUGAAAAAUCUAGUAGCACAAAAGAUGCUAGCAUUUCAGAAGGCUCAAACAAGUCCACUUCACAGCCAAGCUUGGCAGAGUACUUGGCCGCCUCAUUCAAUGAUGCUGUCAAGGACACACCAACUACAUAACCUUUGCUCCUGAGUUCCAGGAAGAGCCUCUCACUGUAUUAAUGUACCGGUAAAAAAGAUGGCAAACCAGAAGAUAGAAGCAAGCGGUACAGAAGGUUCAAACAACUGCACUCUACAACCAAGCUUGACAGAGCACUUGGUCGCUUCAUUCAAUGAAGCCAUCAAUGGUGCACCAAGCAACAAUUGCUCCUGAUUUCCUGGCAGAAGUUCGAAAUAUUAAUGCCCUUUAGAGAAAGAUGGAAAACCGUAGUGGUGCUAAGUAGGCACCAACUGGAUCGAUGGAUUUCUAAAAGCACUGAGAGUUUGAUGUGUUGGCAUGUGAUAAUUUUCAAAAACAAAGGGAGAUGUCAACUGGCUGCUGGUUUCUGGAAUUUGUUUAAGACGGAAUCAUGGUAUCAGUGUUUUUCAAGUUAAGGUUGCAAUUAGAGAAGUUCCAUUUGCAGUUGAAUUAUUUUCUCAGUUUUCUUUGUUCAUGUUCACCGGAGAAAGAUAUCCUUAUGCUACAAUUUUGCGUGCGAGCAAUGCCAUUCCUUUCAAGAAUGUAUUGGAAAAACCUAAUCGCCCUUUUGCAACUUACUGUCCCCAAAAGUUGAUUUUGAAACUGGCUUUUAGCACUAAGAAGUCUGUCUUUUGCAGCUUGAAGUCCGAGAACUGCGAAGAUGUGUGCUUCAUGUUUCUUUUUGUGAACCUAGUGAAAUCUGCAAGUUUUAACUGCAUAGAUUAUGCAAUUCAUCCUUUUUGGAUUGCUUUUCAAGUAAAAUAUUCAAUUUUUUAUAAUAUCAAUGUUAUUCUAGGAUUAUAGCAAUUGAGCUCUGCUACACGUCAAUUUAUUCAUCAUAUUUUGUUCA